AUGUCGCGGCGUGGCACUAACCGGGACGAAACUCGGACGGUGGACGAGAUCGUGCGUGCGUUGCUUACCCAGAAGCUGUCAACUCCACUCGAUACCGACAGUAAGUCGCUGGAUGUGAGCAACUUCCUAGCGAUACGGAUCUUGAGCUCGUAUGGACUCGCGGGGCUGCGCGUCUUGCUCCAGACCCGCAUCGAAGCCGUUUACGCCCCCAAUCAACUUGUCGCCAGCGAGGUGGCCCAACACUCCGCAGCUCAAGUGCACAGCGCGCUUAAGAGCUCUCUGUGGCACAAUGAAAAGGUACAUCUACGCCAGAGUUUGCUCAUUUCGUUCGCCGAGAUGGACUAUCUGGGCGACGCAGACGAAAGGUUCAUCCGCUACUUGCAGCGGUGCUGGGCGGUGUACCAGCAAGGCAAUGAAGUGCAGUUGGCGCCGUGCACUACCGUCGUGCAGAGCUCGGGCUUCGGCAAGAGUCGGCUGUUGUACCAGCUAGCUCGACAGACCAUCGACCGGGAGGAGUUGGGCAUGCGAGUGCUCUACAUUUGCACUCGCUUGCACAAGUCGUCGGGGUUCCCCGAGGCGACUGUGAAUCUCCGUUCGAUGCUGUUUGAGAGCGGUCAGACGCAGCAGAAGCUCAGUCGCCAGCUCGAAGCUAUCUACCACUACGCGCAGCAGAACUGGUCGACGGUUGGGUACGAGUGGAUCGAGCUCUUUACGAACCCCUUCGCGGACCGACCCACAGAGCAAAAGCUCACAGGAGUGAAGGCGGACACCAUGUUCGGCAUCGCGUCAUUGCUGUGUCGACUGGGACUGCGUCCGCGCUUCACACCAUCUCUCGCAUCCCGCGCUGUCGAAAGGUUCAUGGCGGUUCUAGCGUACGUGAGUCGCGAUUAUGAUGGGCUGGUGAGUGCGUACACGUCCGACCCGGUGCUGGCGCUGGGAGCAGCCGACUUGUGGCAUGUAUGGGGGCCUUUCGAUGGGAAGUCAUCGUUAUCGGAGUGUGUCCUACCGCAGCUGAAGAAUCUGUUGGUGCAAGAAGUGUUGGAUGUGGAUAAAACUGAUGAGCUGGUGGCCCGCGUCGUGCUGCUUCUGGCGGUAGAUUUGUGUGUGGUGACGUGGAAGUCGAGGUGGGCUGGCUGGAAAAUGGGGUUCAGCCACUUUAUUCAGUUGACGCUCGAGCCGACGGAGCAGACACUGUGGUUUUUGCUGGGCCGCCACGCGGCU